CGGCGCCGUGAUUCACUCCGUCCGCAAAACUCACCGCACGCCCUCCGCACGCUGCCGCUUUCAGUCUGAGGAGCCCGUAGCGCAAAGAGGAGACACUGGCACUCGGACGGUUUUCUGUGAAUGUAAAGUUUGGCAGCGGAUUUCCACCUGUUCGGUGUUUCUUUUUUGUGUGUGUGUGAAAAACACACAAAAUUCAAAAUAAAAAGAUCACGGGACGCUACGGUUUACCUGAGGCGCACGAGGACAUCGUUUGCAUGAAACUGUGGCCAGAUAAAAGCAGUGGAUGCAACUCCGCUCCAUCUACAGAAGGAAGCUGGAAGACCGGGAGAGGUUCUGAAGAGGACCAGCUGACCUCGGGGAGUCGCACCUCAGCCAAGAUUUGCCCCAAACCAAGCCUGAAGCACACCAUGUCCCUCGGCACUUUCCACCUCAUGCAGACCCUUAAAAACUCUCCCGCCGCGUUACGGCGUCGCUUCCGCCGCGACCGCACGGAGUCCCUGUCCCAUGGCGACCCUUUAUUUAAAGUCCACUACCUGGGCACGGAGAAAAUCUUCUCUCUGGAUCGAGAGCAGGCCCAGGACGCCAUCACGCACUUGCUGGAGGGCAUCGCCAACGGGAAGAAGCUGAGCAAAGACCACGCCCUGGUGGUGCGCCCGAGAUACGUGGAGGUCAAGGAGCUGAGCACAGGUCGGCAGCUCACCAAGACGUACCUGCAGGACAUCGCGUACUGCGCCGCGGACGCCAGCCGGCCCAACGUUUUCCUGUACAUCUGCAAGCAUCAGGGGCAGCAGCUGCAGUGCAGGGUGUUCUGGUGCAGCCGGGCGGAGCGGGCUCGAGACAUGACCGCGUGCCUGGCCCAUUCCUUCCAGCGGGCGCUGACCGACUGGCAGCAGGACGGCUCGGCCACGCUGCCGCCAGGAGAGGGGAAGGGAAAGCGUGUAGAGGACUCGUCCAACUCUCCCGCCAAUGCGAAGAGUUCCACGCUGCCUGCCAGCCUGGGAAAAGUUCGCUGGAAGAAGAGGGGCUCUGUGUCACGCAGCCCCCUCAGAGCCAUCACCAGGAGAGGGUCUGCCUCCGACAGCUGGAACUGAUCCCCACGCUUUGACACUUCAAACGGGGGGACCGCAUCAACCUGAUGACAACCUCAAGGGUGAAUGAAGCACUGGAUGAAGGAAAGAAGGGAGGGAGGGAGUGACUGAUUGCAAAACAUAAGGAAGGACAAAAGGGACACAACUGGGAAGUGGGGAAAGUCCGUAUUUGGACGUGUGAGGGCCGCUGUGAGAGGAUGUUUGCCAUACUCAGUGAGCGCAUGGACUUGAGGGAUUUUGACGCGGCGAAGUUGCCCAAGAGCGGCGUCCGAAAGGAAGAAGGAGUUGACAGAUUCCUUUGUUCAACGCCGACUGUAAUUCCACGUGAGGACUGGAUGUCCAUUCCUCUUUUUGGUUGGUUUGCUGAGGUGCUCUGCUUGACACUGAAGCCACAAUAGAGUUUAGUCUGUUGGAAAGAGACCGACACAGGCAAAACUGGAAAAAGACGCUGAAAGUCUGGACUUUUUGAACGUUGAUUUUUAUUUAACGGACAUUCGGAACAGGUCGUGAUGAUUUUGUUUUAUUACCCUGUGACAUUAGCAAGGUUGUCUCUGUCCUCUCCUUUGGUAUUGGAUGGACAAAUUCAAGACGAAGAGGGAAAAUGCCGGCACAUCAUAUAAAAUGCUCAUAAACGCAGUUACUUACUUAAGCUUUGUAAUCUCAGGAGCACUUUUUUUCCCGGUAUAAUUAGUACUUGUAUUAUGUCCUGCUCAAGGAAUUGCACAUUUUAUCAUUUUAAGAGGUCAUAAGUUGCCAUAAAAUGUAUGAUAGGCCCAGCACCUGCAUUAUAAAACUAAAGAUAGACCGGAGAAGAACUUGCAAAGUUAACAAAGUGCUUCGCACGGCAACGUCCUGCUAAAAACUGAAAAAAAACAAACAAACCCAAAAACAACCCCAGAUCCUAACCGUCCACAGUGAUAAAUUAUUUGCAUCUACGUAGAAAAAAACACUGAACCAUGACUCGCGGGUGUGUUUGUGCACGAACACUGGGAACACUGUGUUCCUGUGUGGAUGGAGCCUCUGUGAGGAAUGCCUGGCCAUGCACCUGCAUUCCAAUUGCAGGGAAUUUGAGAGUGUUUCUAAAAAGACCCAAAUGCUUCCCCGAGUCCGCCCCCGACUUCGCGCGCAGAGCAGCUUUCGUCGGCAAACGCCACAGGACGCUCUUUACGUUUUUCGCGCCGGCAAAGCCAAACGAGGUGCCCUUACUACUUAAAUCGGUUUUAAAGAGAUAGGCAUUGGUAUGUGCUGUAUUGCAUAACGAGAUCUCAUGAGUCCUAUCGAAGGUUUACAGACGAGAACCUCGAGGAUUAGUGGUGCACCCUUGAAGCUACCAUUGUCUUCUCAUGUAGUGUUUUAUGACCAAAACUAAGCUAGAAAUAUUACUUUUUUUUUUAAAAAGGUGUAAUUUUUUUAACUGAUGUGCCACUAGUCGGUUAUUUUUAUCAUUUUGUACUCGAUGUAUCUUUUCAAUUACAAACGGCAUCAACCCUCAUCUCAGAAAAGGGGGUCACCGUGCCUGCUUUAAGGUGUAUUUUAUCAAUGUACAGUUUUACGUUAUUUGUACAUAUUUAAUUAAGUAUGUAUUUUAUGGAAUAUUAAAACUUUUUUAUACUGCA